AUGAACUACAGACCUAGUAGCCAGAUAGUGUUAGAGGAGAUGGUUGGCACGUCAGAUAUACCCCCAGUGGACACACCUAAUAUAAAUACUGAGAAUGAUGAGACACAAGAAAUCCCUGUUGAAUUACCAUCAUCUAGUACAUCGAUUCCUGCACCGGUCCUUCGGCGUAGUGGGAGGACUAUCAUCCAACCUGAAAAACUCACACUUUUGGGUGAGGUCUAUGAGGCCGUCCCCGAUAAGCAUGAGUCGGACCUAGUAAGCUAUGCGGAAGCGUUGACCGAUAUAGAUGCGAAUCGUUGGAAAGAUGCCAUGAGAUCAGAGUUGGAAUCGAUGUAUACUAACAAAGUCUGGGAUAUUAUAGAACUUCCUAGUGGGGUUCAGCCCAUUGAUUAUCCUGAUGCCAGGAGAUCUACAUCUGGAUAUGUGUUCAAGUUCAAUGGAAGGGCAGUUAGUUGGAAGAGUGUCAAGCAGGGUUGUACUGCUGACUCAACCAUGGAAGCAGAAUACAUUGCAGGCUCUGAGGCAGCAAAAGAAGCUGUUUGGUUGAGAAACUUUCUAAUUGAACUGGAGGCUUGUUCAAUCAUAGGGAAUGGUUUUAUCUGA